CAGUCGGUAACGUGGUGGGGCAUGAGAACAUUGUCUCUGCCUCCAGAAUGAACAGUGCCAUUGUGGUGUUUCUGAAUAAUGUUGAGAAAGUAAGAAAUCUGAUUCAGAAAGGCAUCAUUGUUAAUAAUGAGCAAAUACUGGUUUCUCCCCUCAGUUCCCCAGCUAAGAAAGUCUUGUUGUCCAACGUCCCUCCUUUUAUUUCAGAUGAAGCUAUCUGUAAAGAACUGUCUCGGUACGGGCGAAUUGUCUCCCCCAUUAAGAGAAUCCCUCUUGGCUAUAUUAAGUGUUUUAAAUGUGGAAAAACUGGUCAUCUUGCUCGGGCCUGCCCUGAGAGGCAGAGUGACCCCGGUGUUUCUGAGCGACCGGGGCAGGACGCAGCUCAGUCGGCUGGGGUCGUUCCCCCUGCGGCUACAGUUCGGCCGGCUGCUGAGGGCCCUGGAGCUGCUGCUGCACCAGACCCGAAAGAGAGUGAGCCCCAAGCCCAGCCUGCAACCCAGAAGCCCACUGGAGCUGCAACAGCCCCGGAAAAGCCAUGCACGGCCGAACCGGCCGCGGAAGAGCCAUGCUCAGCUCAACCGGACCGGGAGAAGCCGUGCUCCACUGAGAAGAGCUCAGUGGGUUCUGGAGCAGUGCUGGAGCUGCCUGCGCUGGCAGAGGCAGGCACGGAGGUGCAGAGCGAACGCCCGGAAACACCGGACACUACACCAGUGCAGGGGGACGGGGGAGACGUGGAUAUGGUGGAUGAGCCCGUCUUUAAAGUGCCGAAUAAAAGGAAAAAGCAAGGUAAGGGACGGGGAAAAAAGCAGGCAAAAAAGGACACAAAGAUGGGGGAAGGAGAAUCAGACAGUGAUGACUGCAUGUCAGACUCUGUUUUAAUGUUCGAUUCUCAGGAGGAACAGGUUAAUGUUGUGUACAGCGCUGAUGAUAUUAAAGAGUUUUUAAGGAACACCAAAUGGCAGAAAAAUGUAGCAUUGGAAGAGUUUUUCCCGGACCGUAAGCAGUUUAUUCACGACGUUAAGUUCUUCAGAAGAGAAGGUGCAUUCAUUGAUGUUGAAAUUUUCCGUCUGAAGAAACUGAUCACAAGAGUGAAUAAGGAAAACUCUGAUGAUGACUAAUGUGGUGUUUUUUUAUGGUAGAGUGGUUUUUACCCUCUGUUUAAUUUUAUUUAUUUUAUUUAUUUUUAUGAAAGGAGUUAAUAUUGCGAGUUUAAAUAUUAAUGGGGCAAGAGAGCAAAUCAAGAGAGCUAAACUGUAUGAACCUUUAAAGCAGAAGCACAUUGACGUUGCCAUGCUGCAAGAAACCCACAGCGAUACCAGUAAUGCUGCUGACUGGGUGAAUGAGUGGGAUGGGUUGGUGAUUUUAAGUUAUAACACAACACUCAGUGGUGGAGUUGCCUUGCUCUUUGCUCACAGUUUUAUUCCUUGUUCUUAUUCAGUUGAAGAUAUUUUAAAUGGGAGGCUUUUAAAAGUGAAAACUUUUUAUGAGAAUGAGGUUUUAGUUUUUAUCUGUGUGUACACUCCCACCAGUGCAGUGGAGAGGAUGAUGUUUUUAGAUACUCUGAACAAUGUCAUUGCUGACUGCAACACUGCAGAAAUUUUAAUUCUGGGUGGUGAUUUUAACUGCACUAGAGAUAUUUUAGAUCGGAACCACACAGAACCUCACAUGGCUUCCUGUAAGCGUCUGUGGGAGAUGGUGGAGGCCCACGAGUUGAGCGACAUAUGGAGAACUUUUCAUAAGAACAAGAGACAAUACACGUGGGCCCAUGCCAUAGAUAACACACUCUCCCUGGCGAGAUUAGAUCGUUUUUAUGGUUUUAAGCAUCAGCUAACGUUUUUUACAAAGUGUUUUAUUGUUCCAGUAGGUAUCUCUGACCACAGUAUGGUACAGUGUACUAUUACUAAAGAGAAGGUUAAACCUAGGAGUGCCUACUGGCAUUUUAACACUGCUCUUUUAGCAGAUUCUAAUUUUAGGGAGUCUUUUAUUUAUUUAUGGAAUUGUUUUAAACAUGAGAAGGCAGCUUUUAGUUCACUUCAGCUGUGGUGGGAUGUGACAAAUGCACAAGUCAAAGAAUUUUGUCAACAGUACACUCUCAAUGUCACAAGAGACAUUGUUAGAUCUCUGAAAGCUCUGGAGAUAGAAAUAGUGGAGCUCCAGCGUUUGGAGGCCACUGGAAAUCGAGGGAAUAUUGAAGCCCUCAAACGUAAAAAAUCCAAAAUGAACGACCUGUUAGACAUUACAGCACAGGGGGCGCUGGUCCGCUCACGCUUUAAAAGCGCUGCUGAGAUGGAUGCUCCUUCAAAGUUCUUUUUCAGUUUAGAGCAGAAGAAUGGACAGAAAAGAUUUAUACAUGCUGUGCAAACAGAAUCAGGGGAUCUCUUAUCUGAGCCCACUGAAAUUCGCCAGCAGACAAUAAGCCUCUACUCUAAGCUGUACAGCAGUGAGUGGUCAGGGGCACAAGUAGUGGAGGACAGCUUCCUCAUGGACCUGCCAAAGCUCUCUGAGCAAGCGGCCAGAGAGUUGAACAGGGAGCUGACACUGGAGGAGGUUCAUGAGGCUCUCCAGGGGAUGGAGAAUGGACGGGCGUCAGGUAUAGACGGUCUCCCUGUCGAGUUCUACAAGACAUUCUGGGCCGUCAUAGGGCAGGACGUGCUAGAUGUCCUACGGGACAACGUACGGAGAGGCGAACUCCUGUUGAGCUGCAGGAGGGCCAUCCUGACCCUCCUACCGAAGAAAGGAGACCUGACCCACCUGAAAAACUGGCGCCCGGUCUCACUACUGUGCACUGACUGCAAGCUGCUCUCAAAAGCAUUAGCCUCGAGACUGACUAAGGUAAUGGAGCAGCUCAUUCACCAGGACCAGACGUACUGUGUGCCUGAUAGGUACAUAUUCGAUAAUGUGUAUCUAAUUCGUGACAUUUUGGACGUCUCCAGGCUAUUGGGCUUAAAGACUGGUCUGAUUUCUCUAGAUCAGGAAAAGGCUUUCGACCGGGUUGAACAUGAAUAUUUGUGGAAGGUGCUGGAAGCCUUCGGGUUCAACCCAGGUUUUAUAGCCCUGAUCAAGGUGUUGUACAGUAACAUUGAGAGUGUACUGAAGGCUAACGGUGGUUUAUGUGCCCCUUUUAGAGUGUACAGAGGGAUCAGGCAGGGCUGUUCCCUCUCUGGAAUGUUGUACUCUCUAGCUAUUGAACCUCUUUUAAAUAAGUUAAGAAGUAAUCUCUCUGGUUUUAAGAUGCCACGUGCUAAUGCCUCAAUAUGUUUAUCAGCUUAUGCAGAUGAUGUGAUAGUGAUGAUAAACACACAAAAUGAUGUCAAUGUUUUAACUGAUAUUUUAAAUGACUUUCAAAUUUUAUCCUCCUCCAAGGUUAACUGGUCUAAAAAUGAAGCCAUUUUAGUUGGGGAGUGGGAAGGUGGGCAACCGUCACUACCAGGAGGCUUAGCGUGGAAAAGAGGUGGUUUUAAAUACUUGGGUGUCUACCUGGGGAACAAUGAGUUUUUAAGUAAAAACUGGGAAGGUUCUGUAGAGCACGUGAAGGGCAGACUGAGCAGGUGGAAGCGGCUGGUCCCAAAGAUGUCCUACAGGGGGUAAACGCUGGU